AAAUAUGAUAUCUGAAAAGAUUCUUAUUGGCUUAUUGCUAUCACUCUGCUCCCUUGCGAUUGUCUUGGCAGGAGGAGACACUGAAACAAAAUCCUAUGGUGUUCCUCCUCCAUACUAUGGUGGUUUUGGUGGAUCUACUGGUUCCUUCAACAAUGCCAAUAAUUAUGGUUCUUAUGGCGGUGCUGGUUCUAAUUAUGGAACCUCAGGUGGCAACUAUAACAAGUAUGCUCAAAAUACUCAAUCCUAUCUCAAUCAAGUAGAUAGUGUCAACUCAAAUCCAUACAGUUCUUAUGGAAGCUCUUACACUGGUCCAAGCAAUUAUGGUUCAAACUAUGGUAGCUCAUUCCAACAAUAUCUUCCUCCUCCUCCACCUCCAGUUGUUGUUGCUCCUCCAGUUUAUGGUGGAUAUGGUGGAUAUGGCGGUGGUUAUGGUUAUGGUGUUCCUCCUCCUCCUCCUCCUCCAAUUUAUGGUGGUUAUGGUGGUGGUUAUGGUUAUGGAGGUGGUUAUGGCGGUGGUUAUGGUGUUGGUGUUGGAUAUGGAGCUCCUUAUUAUGGUGGUUGGGGUGUUGGUGGAAUUGAUGGUGGCAUUGGAUUUGCUGGUGGUGUUCCUCCUCCAGUUGGUGGUCCUAUUGGUCCAAUUGGUGGCCCAGGUCCAAUUCCAGGUGGUCCAGUUGGUCCAGUUGGUGGUCCAGGUCCAGUUGGUGGUGCUGUUGUCGGUGGUGGCGGCGGUGGUGGUGUCAUCUUCAGAUAAAUGCAAAGAGAUUCCAAUUUUGAAUUCAAAUAUUAGUGAGAUGUAUAUAAAUAAAGUAUUUAUCCACAAGAUAAACAAACUUUA